AUGAGGGGAGCGAGUCUCCAUCCUGGGAGUAACCUCCGCGACAACAUUCCGAAGAUGGGGUUGCAGGGGAAGACGAGCAGAACUAUGCAGGGCGCCGACGGCUGUUACCAAAGAAAACUCCGGAGCGGUGUGAGCAUGGCGAAGCUGUCGAUUAUGGUAGGAUGCCUGAUGAGCUCUGAAAGCGCGAAGAGAGCACUACACAAUCGAGUAUUUCGGAGCAACUGCGUGAGGAGUACGAAGCUUUCAGAACUAAGUCCAUGA